CAUGCAGCCGUGCGACAACCAAAGAUAACUAUGCAAGUAUAUGUAGAUGUAGGGGACUGCUGAGUCAUAAAGCUGAAGAGCACAUGCUCCGUCCUUCCAUGGUUGGGGCUUACUCGGAACAAAAAGGUUCCUUGCAAGCAACUUUUUGAUCCAUAUAACCAUAAGAAGAAGGCGUUGCUCUACCACUCCAUUUCAUUCCCCACAAGCGAGAGAGAGAGAGAGUGAUAGAGGGGGAGCUGAAGGCAUGGAGGGCAAGCACACCGAGCAGGCAAACGUGAAGGCGAAGCUCAGCACGAUGCACUUGAAGGUGAUCUGCUGCAAGCUCUACAUUUCUGAAAGCCAAAACGCGGCGGUUGUCGACGCCAUCAGCCGCAUAGGCCAGAAAGACCCUGAGGUGGGUUUGCUCAGCAAGUUUGAGGAUGAGUACUACAACCGUGUCCGCUACACGCUUGUCUCCUACAUCACCAGCGAAAGCUCCACCGGUGAAGCUGUAUUCAGCCCAAUCAGGAAGGUACUGCUGGCGAUGAUCGAGGCUGCAUUUUCAGCCAUAAAUCUCGAAGUGCACUGUGGGACUCAUCCAAGGAUCGGCGUCGUCGAUGACAUGUCGUUCCACCCCCUGAGUCAAGCAGCCACCAUGGAGGAUGCUGCACAGCUGGCUAAGCUGGUGGCCUCUGACAUUGGAAAUGGUUUGCAAGUUCCGGUGUUCCUCUACGCAGCAGCACACCCCACCAGCAAGAGUGUCAGUGCGGUCCGGCGUGAGCUCGGCUACUACCGGCCAAAUCACAACGGCAUCCAAUGGACAGGACAAGUGCUCCCUGAUACUCUACCAGUGAAGCCAGAUGUGGGCCCAGCUCAUGUUUCUAGUAAAAGAGGCGCCACCAUGGUCGGAGCUAAACCUUUCGUCGAGAGCUACAAUGUGCCGAUAUUCUGCAAGGAUGUCCCGACCGUGAGAAGGAUCACCCGAAGGGUGACCGGACGGAGCGGAGGGUUCCCGACGGUGCAGGCGCUCGCUCUCUUCCAUGGCGACAACUGCACGGAGAUUGCGUGCUUGCUGGAUCCAGACCAUGUUGGUGCCGAUCAGGUUCAGUGGCUGGUGGAGCAGAUUGCAGAAGAGCAAGGGCUUGAGGUCGACAAGGGUUAUUUCACCGACCUGUCCAAGGACAUGAUGCUGGAAAGGUACUUCGAGAUGGUUUCUGCAGCUGAUUGACAUGUGCAUAAUUUUCUUAUUGUGAUCAGGCAUGUCUGCACUUCCAUGUAUGCUGCUGUUUAAACUGUGGCACUAACUGGACCCCAGACCGACCAAUUCCAAUAUUUUGUAUAUACUUAAUAAAAUCGGCACUGGAGAUGGUCUAUGGAAACUUCACCACAGUAAUUGGCGCA